GGUUGAUGUAAAUAUUAAACUAGGUAAAUGAUCAAGUUGCCCUCCACAAAUGAUGCCACAGACAGAAAUUCUAUAAACAUCUAAAAACCGUUCUUACAGUAUCUCGUUAGCGCUAACAGUGAUAAAAUUCUACGCGAAUCUGCAAAAUUCUAGCCCAAACCAAAACUUUAUGGCUAAUUGUAAGAUUUAGCUAAGAAUGAUGUUCCCAUGAGUUGAUCCAGAAUUUUCGGAAGACCCUAGAGGUAUGUCAAAUAUAAAAAUCACAAUAUUCAUAUCAUCAUACCUAUUAUAAUCAUAGUGUGUAGAAUCUUCAAUUAAAUGUAUAACUGGUUGUCUGGUUACAUUGAAAAAUAAAAUUAUUGAUUUCUAUAUUAGAUUUUAAUAUUUCAAUCGACCAGGUACACAAUUAAUGAAAUGUGUAAUAAUUAACUGUAAUAUUAUUCAAUUUUGUAGACUCGUUUUUUAUAUCAAAUUAAUUUCAAAGCAAUGGAAUUUUAAAGAAAUGGAAAAGAAAUAUAAUUUUUUUUCAUUUUGCAUAUUGCGCUUAAAUUACCUACCCAUGUUUUUAUUCUUUACAUGUUUAUAUAAAUUAAUAUAUCCGGUUGUUUUUAUUAAAUGUAAUUACAAUAAUUGUUAUAUUUGGUUCCAGGCACACUAUAAACACUCAAAUUGAAGCCUUGAUACUCAAUUAUAAUGAGAUUAAAAUGUAGAUAAUAUAAACUAGUCCUUUAUUAAUUUAAGGAAAUAGUAUUGCUUUACACAAAUGUAUUUUCAUUUUAAAUUUUUUUGCAUGUUAUUUGAAGUUUUAGAUCUUUUUUCAUAAAAGUGAAUAAGUAUAUGUUAAGCUUCACAUAAAUUAAAGAAUCUAAUAAAUGCAAUAUUGUUAAAUAAAGUAAAUAAAUAUGCUAAAUAAAUGUAUAAAUUAAAAUUAAAUAAAUAAAUAAAUAAAUGCGUCGCCUGGAGUAUUAUAAGUCUAUUAUAUGACAGGUUUCAAAUUAAAAAUUCUUUAUCAGGUAUGUCACAGUCAAAAUGAGUAUAUAAUACACUGAUAAUGCUCCAGACAACGCAUUCAUUCAUUUAUUUAGUUUUUAUUUAUAUAUUUAUUUACGAGUAUUAACCAUUUUAAUAAUUUUGUUUUUACUUUAUUAUUUUAUUAUGUAAUAUUGUUGUUAAUCUGAUUUAAAUUUUUAAAUUAAUUCAUCAAAAUAUUUUUAUAUUAUCAUGAAAAUAAAAUACCAUACUUACAAAAACUUAACUUAUAGCUAUUGAAAUUGAAAUAGUGUGUCAAAUUAAAUUGUACUUGGACUGUGCUAUAAGCAGUAAGUUAUAUUACAAUAUUAAUUUGAUCUUAAUUCGGUAUUUGGUAGUUAUAAGUUUAAGUGAUAUGUCAAAAUAUCUCGGUAACAGACUUAAACAAGUCACUCUUGCACUGCGUCAUAUUUUGUUUAUUUGCUUUAUAUGCACUAUGAAUCUUUGUACAAAUUCAGAUAAUAUAAAAAUAAUUUAUGCACAUACAAAUGUUGGACUAAUAUGGUUUAUGAAAAUUACUUUUUAUACUUACUAAAUACAAUUUCUUUAGUAAAUAUCCUAUAAUAUAUUCUAUAGUAAAAUAUUUAGUCACUUUUAAAAAUUAGUAGUUUGAGAUCUAUGGUAAAGAUAUCCCUGACAAGAGCUAAUUAUUUUUUUUUUCUUGGGCGAAUUACUGUAAAAUAUUUUUAACCCGCACAAUUAUAUUUUUUGCUAUAAACAAUGGGUAAAAUGAAAAAAAAAACAUGCAUGCAUUUAAACAUCAGUGUAUAAUCAUAUAAAUAAUUUUAUAAAUGCCUGUUAGAAAUCCAUCAUUUUAGUUGUUCAUUUAGUCUGAGUAUAUUAAUUUGAUGCAUUACUUUGGUCUAGACUAACAUUUUAAAUUUAUUACAUAUUAAAAUAAGACAGAAUAAUUUAAAGUGUGAUUAUUCUACUAUUAAACAUAACUUUUAUAAUAAACGUUUAUGUUUUAAAUUAAUAUUAAUAUGGAAAAUUUUUUCUAGGGAUGUUUUGAUGUGAAAUCAUAAGUUUUGUAUUAUUAAAAAUAAGAGUUAUAUUAUACAAUUAUAUUUUUAAACAUUAAAUAACAAUUAAUAAUAAAUUUGAUAUUAAAAUUAUCCAUUUUUUAUAGACAUAGAUAUAAAUGUGUUUAAAAUAGAAACUAUACUGGACUAUACAGAGGGCGACAAAACUUUUUUUAGUAGAGAUUUACUUAGAAUAUUAUAUUAUUUUUCCUCUUGAUUUCCAUAAAUAAAAUGUAUAACAUUUAAUUACUUUACUACACGUAUUAAUAAUUAGCAUACCUGCAUACAUGUACAAAUAAUACAACUAAAAUGUAUAGUUGAAUAAUUUUUUCAUCAUACAUUUAUUAAGACUAAUAAAAUAAAUUAAUAAUGUUCAAAAUUAUAAGUAUAACAGAAAUAAAUUUGCCAGUAUACACAUUGGUGAACUGUAUUACUUGAUAAAGUAAUUAACUAAACUAUGCAUUGUUCAUACAUAUUUGAAAAACAGCUAAUUUGUUCCAGAAAAAAAACUGUAUGCGGAUAAUGUCACUCAACAAAAAAGUUAGGUAUCUACCAAUAUUUCGGUCGCCCAAUAUUUUUUUUUAAUACCAAAUAUACUCUUAUAUAAAUAACUUUAUUUUAUUAUUAUAUUAUUUUUUUAAAAUUUUAUUUACAACAAAUUUAUUAACGAACAUUUUCCUUCUGAUAUCGUAAAGACUGAGGACUAUCAAAAUAUUGCAGGUACCUCCGGUCCUUAGAAUUUGUAACGAAAAAAAUUAAAAACUCGGAAUACUGGUACUAAUUAUUAAGAGGUUAAAACUAAUAUAACAUAUAAUUUUUGGAUUUCAUUCGGUUUUUGUAAAAUAAAAAUUGAUUUUCAAUACUAUAUUUCAAAUAUUAUAAUAUUGGUAUCAAACAAAAAAUAAAACUUAACCAAUUUUGAAUAUUCAUCUAAAGUUAAACGUCCAACUGCCUUUAUGGUUAUUUAGGGCCUUUGUAGUUAUAAUUUAAAAUUAUUUCCUCAUGAUAUAGUUUCUAAAUUAAAAGAUAUGGAUAUGUGCUUCAUGUUAUACGAGAAAUAGGAUAUGAUUUAGUUUAUAGGACUUUAUGACGUAUAAAUUUAUAUCCAUGCGGAUAUCGAUAAAUCAUUGCUAAUAAAAAAUUGUAUAAAAGCAAAAAUGGUCGAUAGGUUAUAAAUCUGUUCUGCGUUUUUUAGAUUUAUAAUUUAUAAACUUUAUAAUACUAAUUGUUAAACGUAGAUAUUAUCUACAUUAUAUAAUACAGUGUUUGGAAAGAACACAUAGUCAUAGUUAUAGUCGGAUAUGAUAGGACGGGGGAUUGCAAUUUUUCUCGGAAUGCAUUGAAGAAUUAUAAAGUAUAGUGAAUAAUUUACUUUAAGAAUGUUUUGAAAAACAAUAAUUUAUGUUGUAAUUUAAAUAAAAAACGGAUUUUGUGAUACCGAAUGUGCGGGGGAGGUUUUUUUUUUGUUAAACAUAAUGCCUGUUGAUUAUCAUUAUAAAAUAAAAAUAUAAUAUUAACAAAUGAAAAAGAGUUAUCGAUUAUCGAUUUUCGGUAAAAAUAAGUUAUUGUAUAGUUACUGGCGAGUGUGUAACUAGAGUAAUUACGUAUUUGCACAAUCACACAUAAAAUAUAUAUAAAGUUUAUUGUAUUAUAGGUCAUAAACGGUGAGCUCCACAGUAAUAUGAAAAAAAUGUUCUCCGUGGGGCUUUGCUUCUUUAUUGGGGGGUGUCUGAAGUCCCCCGAUUUCUGACGAUUCGGGGGAUGAACUCCUUAUUGGGAUCUCCCAAUCGCGCCAACGGGUAAAUAUUAUUAUGUUUUAAUAUUAAAUAAAGAUAAAUAAUCGUUAAAUUUGUAUCUAAUUAUAAAAAAAAAACUGUACUCCGUUCCAAUUAAGAACGCACCGGGCGGCGGACGAUAAUCGGCCAAAACUCGCGCAGCCGACUAACGGCGAACCAAUCGUAGAGCGAAUACUUAGCCGAAGGGGUAAGGACGUCGCUCCACGAUACAUUUGGAUGCACCGAGUAGUGCGUUCUUACGUAUAGUCUAAAAUUGAAAAUAAAUUUAAAAAGGUUAUUUUUCAAAUAAUAUUAAAUUAAAUUAAAUACUAUAUCCUAGAGUUGUAUUUUUCAACCUAAUUAUUUAUUAUAAUAUUAUGUAGGUUGAAGAAAUUCAAAAUUAAACACGUUUAGUAUAAUUUCUUUCGAUGUCAUCGCCACGCCGUAGUGCGUAUACCACAGUAAUAUAAUAGGGUCCUUAUAUUCAUGUCUUUUUUUUUUUUGAUUUUUCUACGGCUGAAUUAAAGAAAUUGUGCACAAUUGCAAGUAUAUCGUAAGGUUUUUUUUUUUUGUAACCGAAAAAUAAGAGUUUCGAAGCCCUCUAUCGACACAACACCUUAUUAUGUUCAAACAUUAAGGUCCGAAGAUCGGAAUUCUCCAUCCCCGCCCUUUCACGUAUUAAUACAAUUUGACCCUCAACCAAUACCGCCUACGAAUUUUAUUCUUUAUUACAGCAAAAGCAAAACCGGUCAAAAAUGAGCCGCUUGUCACUCCCACAGUCAAUAUUCGUUUAGUUUCCAUGACGACAGUGCAGUAUCUCCAAAUUUGUUUAGCUUUAUAUUGUAUACACUAAUACAGUAUAUAGUGUAUUUUUUUCAUUCAUUCGCAAAUUUUUGCGUCUUGAUAACAUUAUUCGUCAACAUUUUACUCGCUUUUAUUUUUACACAAUUAUGGAAGAAACUCAAGCACACAUGAUGCUAUUAAUUGAUUUAGAGAGAAUCGAGGACCAAGUUUCGAUAACAAUUUCAUAUGUACAUCCGUCGGGCGAAAAUGAACUGAUACUCGAGGACCACGUGCCAUUUGAAAGAGAUUUUAUGAUCAGAGCUUUCCACAAGAGCAAGGAAGAAUUAUGUAAAGUCAGAGUAACGUAUUUAACGCUAGACCAUACCAACCAUGGAAAGCAUAGUUAUAUGGUUUCGAUAGCUUCUUUGAGAGAAGAUCCCAUUUAUAAAGUAGCCGUACCAAUAGCCCGACACGGACCUCGCACGGUUCCACAUUCCGUGGCCGUUACGUGGAAAAAUAGCCUGGCAGGAAUUCUACUAGAAGAACUCCGCGCAGAAGAAGAAGAAGAAUUGCUAGAAGAAAUGCGUAUUCAAGAUGAAACUCGUCUUCAAGAAGAAAUUCUUCGUCAAGCAGCAGGAGCAGCAGUAGGAGAAGAAGAAGAAUCAAAUGCUUGAAUCACUGUCCUAACUCCUCAAAAAUUUGCCAACGUGAGUACCUAUCUACACAUUUCAUUAAUCCAAGUUAAUAGUAUAUAUACGCAUAACACUAGCAAUAGCACUAUUUGCAUAAUGAUUAUCUUAUUUUGGUUAUUCAAAAAUGAUAAUAAUGUGGUUUUACAUAACAAAUCGUGGUUUAUUUACGAUUAAUUUCCUCAGUUCACUCGCUUUGCUUCGUAUGGGUUAUUAAUGUCUAUGGGCCAGACACGAAUCAAUUUUAUAUAUAUUUAUUUUUUUUUUUAUUAGUAUUUAGUAAUUAAAUACUACAUAUUUAAACAUAGUUGUACAAAUUAGCCGUUAUUAAUUGUCCUUGUCAUUUUCGAAUAACUGUGCCCAUCCCGUCUUAUUUUUCUCCCUCACCCCCGAAUUUAUCGGGAUUUAAAUUCAACUGCGGGUUUUGAACACAAUCUGUCGCUCUUUCUCCAACGCCACUCUGCUGUAAAACCAUUUUACUAUCGCCAAUUCGACGUAAUGCACCUUCAUCGUUAAAAAAAAAAUCACUCAUUAAUUAUAAAACAUAAACUCGUAAAUAUUUAAUAAUAAUUAUUAUUUUUAAAGAUAUAUUCAAAGCUUUGUUCUUAUUUAUAAUACAUAUUCGCCAAUAUUCAAUAAUAGUAAAAAAAAAAAAUGUUUAAGAUAUAUUUUGAGCAUUAUAAGGAUUUACAUAGCAUUCAUCAAUGUUUAACUAAAAAUAAAAACAUUUUAAAUUUUUAUAAUUACUCACAUAUUGUGUUUAUCUUUUAUUGACAUCGUUGAUUCUUUCAUCAUUGAAUAUUCAUUAUUUUGCAAAGUAUUGAGUUUUUUCUAAAUACAUUUUUUUGACAUAUAACGACUUCCUACCUACUUUGAAUUUUCAAAAGGUAAUCUAAAAAUCAUGAAAAUCCCAUGAAAGGGUAGAUAGAAAUCAAAUGUGUCAACACCAAAAUGUAUUUAAACUUUAGUUAUAUCUAUUUAUGGAACAUUAAUUUUAAGUUACUAUUUGAAAGUCAAAAGUAGGUAGAUGUCAAUAACCCCAAAAAUAAAGAUGACAAAUAUAGUAGUACAUUUGAAAUUAUCAAAACAAUUUUUUUUGAAAAAUGUCAAUAGGUACUUCUGAAAUAAUGAGUGUUCAAGGAUAAAAAAUUCACCCUGUAUAUUAAAUUUAUAAGAACUAGUAAAUUCAAUUUAGUAUUUUUUUAUAUUUGUAUUAUAAUUAAUAAAUUAUUGUAAAUUAAUACUAUGAACCUAAUUUACAUUUCUUUAUUUUUCAGAAAAAUUAAGAUUUAAGAUACAGCAUUAAGAAACCGCAUCAUCAUCAUUCCAGUUAUUAAUUUUAAGCAAUGCAUUUAUUUAUAAUUAUUUUCGACACUAGUUAAAUUAUUUG